AACGCGUGUGCAGUAGCUAAUGUAGAGUUGUCGCGCAGAAGAGAGCUCAGGAAGCGAGCUGUCAAGGCGGAGAAUGAUUGUUGGGUGCUUGUGGGAAAGCGCGCCUGCGGUCAAAGCUCCCAGACGUCUCCACGGGGAAGCUCCCAGGUCCCUGGUACGUCAUGGCGUGUGCCACCGCCAUUCGGAGCACCACGCGUGACAGGCAUGCCCAAGCUCUUGAAGGAUCAAUAAUAGUUCCGGAGCAUCGUGGCGUCUUCGUCUUGCUUUCUGCUUCUGCUGGCUUCUUCUGCGUCAAUUGAGCUUCUGCACUGUUUUCUCUCUUGCACGACGCAUACGCAAUUGUGCUUUGACUUCAGCCCGCCUAGCACCCAGAGAGAGUGAGCUCACGAUAAUUGAACCCUCUGCCUUUUCUUAGCGCCCAACGUUUCAUCAAAAACUUCAAUCGUACAUCCCCCACGCUCUGCCAUCCUCACGGCAAUGUUCAGAUCCCAGGUACUCCGCCAAUUGGCGCGCUCCGCCCGCGUACAAGCUCCACGAGUCGCAGCAGCAGCCCCACACAAUGCUGCGAGACCGUUCUCCUCGGCACCAGCUCGCCUUAACAAGGGCACGAACCCGGAAGACGACAUUGAGAAUGCGACAACCUCCAGUGAGCCCGGUGCAAGCGGUGAUCACGAAGGACAGUAUGCACGUACGCAAGACGAUAUUCGCGUCGAGUACCCCGAGGAGAAGGACCUGCCUCGAUCGCUACCUGUGCAAGGUCGCGGAGGAUCCCACUUCAAGCGAACACUAGCCACCUUCUCGCUGGACGGACGUGUAGGCGUUGUGACAGGUGGUGCUAGAGGCUUGGGACUGGUUAUGGCCCAGGCUCUCGUCGCCAGCGGAGCCGACGUGGCUCUCGUGGACAUGAACCGAGAGGAAGCGCAGAGGUCUGCUCAGCAACUUGUGGAUACAUUCAAGGAAGAGAACCCAGACGCCGAGAGGCUACCAAAGGUUACGGCUCACUUCUGCGAUGUCUCGAGCCCAACAUCCGUGAACCAGUCGCUGGCAGAAAUCUUAAAGGUACACGGCAAGGUAGACAACCUCGUCACCUCUGCCGGCUUUACGGAGAACUACAACGCUAUCGACUAUCCCCACGACCGGAUGCAGAAGCUUUGGGGGGUCAACGUCGACGGGACAUAUAUGUAUGCUGUAGCGGUUGCAAAACACUUGAUGGAGAGGAAAGCGCCAGGAAGCAUUGUCAUGAUUGGCAGCAUGUCUGGUUCGAUCGUCAAUGUUCCCCAGCCUCAAGCACCGUACAACGCUGCGAAGGCCGCUGUCCGGCAUUUGGCGUCGAGUCUGGCAGUCGAGUGGGCACAUGCAGGCAUUCGCGUGAACUGCAUCUCGCCCGGAUACAUGCUAACGGCUCUAACCAAGAAGAUUCUCGAUGACAACCCAGAGCUGCAGAAGCAGUGGACGUCGCUGAUCCCAGUGGGCAAGAUGGGCCGACCGGAAGAUCUCAUGGGCGCUGUCACGUUCCUUUCGAGCGACGCAAGCAACUACGUUACAGGUGCUGAUCUGAGAGUUGAUGGAGCUUACACUUGCACGUGAGCAUCGAUAGACGAAACGUACAACGUGUCGACACUGUGUUUAGCGAGCGUUGUUGGACAUGAGGAACCCUAGGUUGACUUGCAUAUGUCUUUUGGAGUUGUUCGGGGCAUGCGUCGACAGGUUGAAAAUCGCAGCAACUUGCACAUUCCUUAGCUCGGCAAGACGUUGCCGGACUGUUUCACAUGACACGCCCUUCAGAAGAU